CCUCCCCCGGAAACACGUCGCACACAACGCAGCCGUAGAGGACUUUGCCCCGCCAGCGUGGAGGACGGUGCUCCACAACCGCGUCGACUUUGGCUACCCCGACUUCUACCCCUCCAGGCCCGGGUUCGACCAGCCGGAGGAUGUGCUCACAGAGGACAACGUCAAGAGCGGCUUCGCAGGCAAGCCCUUCGUCUCCGAGGUGGCCGAGACAUUCUCAAUGCAUGGACCCAUACACCAACAUCUCUCGGGCGGAUGCCUCGCCAUGCUCAUGCAGCUCGGCAAGGAGCUCGUCGAGAAGCAAGAGCAGUCUAUGCCACAGUUCCACGAACGGUCGUUCCGGAUACCGGGGCGGGUCAUCUACACGGACAACAAACGGCUGGGCUUCCUCGCCGACCUCGGCAACCGGGAUAUCCCCCUGCACUGGCUCAUGCGCAACCAGAUCCCGCACGGCUUCAAGGGCGUCGAGCUUCUCGACGUCAUGUUCUCGCCACUGACCACCGUCCGCCAGCCACCACCCAAUCUUGCGCCCAUGGAUCCCAUCCCGAUAGACAGGGCUAUAUGGCUUAUCCGAGUCAUCGGUUCCAACGAUAUCGCCGCGCACCGGGCGAGGCAGCACCAAACGGCCGCAUCCGUGCCUGCGCCUUCGCCUGCUGCAGCGACCCCGAGCUCGACGACGACCGUCACCGCCACUCCGGCCAUGCCAGUGUCCAGCAACGACUGGUACUCGCAAGAGUUUACCAACACUGUCAUCUCUUGGCUACGGAUUCAGCUUGGCCAGCUCGCUCUUCCCAAUACGGUGAAAGUCGCCGGCAAGUUGCCGGCGACGAAAGCGGGCAGUGGGAUUUUGCAGGAUGAAAAAGCUCGAGCGAAAUGGCUGGCCAAGUGGGAUUAUAGCACCCGCCUUCUCCGUGCGUUACAUACCAAACACCUGAUAUCAACCCGGCUCUUUACAGGCUGGCUCGCCGACCAUCUGACACACGUCAACCUCGCCCAAUUGGGAUUCCUUGCGCAGCUCAUCGGGGAGUAUCUGGACGAUCUGGUGCAUCAUCUCGGGAGCGCAAGGCAUUGCCUAAGAGCGGCAUGUGACAAGCUGGUAGAAGUCAGAAAUUCACCCGGCAAGGAAUUGCUGCAGAAAGUGGAGGAUAUGUUGAUAACUGUCAUCAAGGCUUUAUACGAGGCCAACCCGGACGUCUUGCUGAGCCCCUCGACAUGGAGGCUGCAUUCUCCCCUUCUCGCCACUAUCCUCUCGACCUCGUCACCCCAGUGGGAGAACCUCAAGCGUCGCAACGAGGCUCUCGCAUUCAAACCGACUGUUACUGCCGGUAGCUCGAAUCCUCGGCGGCAGCGGAUGGAAGAGAUCCAGAAACUCGACUCCAUCUGCAAAGACACCGAUAUGCGUCAACUCACAUUCCUAUUCUUUGACGGCGCAGCAUCACCCACUUGCUCGCCCGUCGACCUUGUCAAAUUUGAAGAAAAAGUGUUCACGCUUCUCAAUUGGUCAAUGGGUCUCUUCCAACUCGGCGCUCAUCGACCUUAUGCGGUGUAUACCUUGCUUAAACACUGGCACGAGCAGCAGGAGGAACACCAAGCGUCGCAAGCAAAGCUGGGGAAAAGACAGCAUAUCGAUCUGUUUCAAGUGGUGUACAAGUGGCUGGAUACAGCUCCCGCAGCGAGGAAUGAAGAUAACGUGCGCGCGAUUGGGAUCACGAUCGGCGAGUUGACGCGGAGAGGAAUGUUUUCCUAUGGGCGGUACCUCCAGACACUGAUCGCGAACGGUCACACUGCAAGGAAUCUCCGCUCAGCGUCCGACGACAGGUCGCAUCACCUCGCAUUACUCAAGUCGAUGCCAGUCUUCGUGAUGGCCAAGGAUCUUUUGCAGCAGAGGAGGAUCGCCUUGAGUGGAGAUGACUUGGAAGUAAGGAGAAGAGAUGAGCUGGAAGAAAAAGCAGUGUUGGCAGCCUUUGAGGAGCAAGUCAAGGAGUAUGUGCCUGAAGUGUAUGGCUUGGAGUCGUACGGACAAAGUGAAGCUCUCAAAACAAUGGUCAACUAUGAGAUCCCCGCAUCUUCACAGUUGACCCGUUACCUCUAUGUCUUUGCUAGAUUUUCCAUUGCUGCCAAUGCGGGAGCAACGCUCAGAAGCGAUGGCGAGAGACGGGCCAUGGACGCAUCGACGUUUGCACGGAUAACACAAGUUUUCAGACAGAGUCACGGCUACGCCACAAUCGCCGAUUUCAUGGUCCGGGCGCUACAAGAAGCAGAGGACGACGAGAUACUUGAUGUCAUACUGGACAUCAUCAAGCGCGAUGCUGAUGUAUGGACGGCGAUGGAUUUAUGGCCGAGGCUAGGUGACAAGUUACUCGAUCGACACCAUGCUUUGGAGAGAAAAGGAAAGGAGCAUCCGAGGUUGGUGCAGUUGUUGAAAGUACUGGCUCAGAAGAAGAGGUUGAUGCCCGAUGACGAGGAUGAGGUGAAGCAACUACAGACCAGUGUUGACAAGUCGACGUCGCCUCCAGCGGGUGUCAAGCUGGUGGACGUUUUUGAAGUUUUACCCCAUAUCCUGACCACAGGGAAAGAGAACACGGCCAUCUCUGUUGCCCCCGCACUCUUCCGCCAAUGCGGCCGCUUUUCGAGCUGGUCGUUGAAAUGGUGGACGUUGAUUGUCGACGUGGUGCAAAAGGCAGGCAAUACCGAGCAAAAACCAUUUUUAUACCAUGUCAUUUCGACCCAUUUGUCUGCCGUCUUGGGCCAGCACGGCGACUCGUUGGAUGAUGCGGUCACCUCGUGGCUCGAAAACCUUUCUGCGGCCAACGUGGUCGAAACGUUUGGGGGACGGACACGUCCAGCCGGUGUACUGGUCCGCCUCUUGCUCUUCCUCGUUUCCCACCGCUUCCUCUCCACCUGGGUCGUCUUGGAAAAGGCCGUUUUCCCCAUUUGGAAACACGCCGCUCCGUUCGCUCUCCCACCCCGCAAACGCCUUUCAUCAAAGCAGAUCCAAGCAAUCACCUCUACCGUCAACAUCAUCGCGCAACUCCUCAUUUCACCUCCGCUCAUCCCCGACCUUGCACCCGUUUCGCUGAAAGAAUCUCUCAUUGUCCAAGCUUCGCGCCAGCCGGUGCUACAGGGUUCUUCCGUCGGGAUCCUCAUCCAACAUUUACCCCUGUUGGUCGUGUUUGAGCAGAGCAAGCUUUUGCCUGAUCAGGUGUCGCACAGGAUCGAUGAGAUUUUGAGGAAUCUGGCGAUGACGGCAGAGUUCAAGACGGCGGCAUUCAGGAACCUGAAUCUGCUGAAAGACGCUUUCCUCGCGAGGGAAUGGAGUGGGCCGGGGAUGGAUCAGGGGUUGGAGGGCAAGAUGAUUGAUGUGCUCAAGCGUAUCAUGUCGGAGAAGCCUACCCAACCAUCACCUAAACAAGGCCUGCCGAAUUUCGAUACGUCUGCUCGAUUCAGCGCGUGGCGCUGGACGCGAGUCGUCCUCGAGAUGCGUGUAGAGUUCAAAGCGUUGACGAUGAGGAUCGCAGAGGGUCAGAAUGUGGCAGAGGCCAAGCAGACGCUGAAUCAACUAGUGCAUGCUACUCUGGAUCGUGAGACGACUGCGGAUGAUACGGAUUUGUUAUGUGAGGUGUUCAAGGGAGUUGAUUCGAUGGUGACUCAAGAAAUACUUGCUGCAGGGAUGGAGAGACUCGCGACAUUGCUCGGCCAUGCAAUCGCAGCUGAAUCACAACAGCAGCUUGAGACCCAUAUCAAAUCCAUCGACCAGCUGCUUCGCAUCCUCGACAGCAUGAACAACCUGCCUUCACAAUCCGUUACCGAACCAUCGGUACUAAACGCCCGGCACAAGCUAUUGGACCUUCUCGCUUUAGCAUUGCAGACCGUGGAGAGAAACCUGUCAACGACACGCGAUGGCAGCGAUCUCUUGUUACCCCCCGGGAUAUCUCCGCCUCAGCCUAGUCAUCUCUUGAAAGCAGUGAUGGGCCUAUUGAAGUUUACGCUAGGCUCUGUGGUAUCCGAGAGCGUAUCGCUGACGGCACCAAAACCAAAUUUUCCGCACCUAGCUGUCUGCUUCUUGAAAGCUAUUUUUGCCGGCGAUGGUAUCCUUGAUUCCAAUAGCGCCAGGAUAAUGGCGGAUAUGCUGGUGUAUAUCAUUGAUUGCACUUCUCCCCAAGCACGACUUGUAUGCCAAAGUGCUCUCUUGGCAGAAACCGUCUCUCCCCAUGCGCAAUCUAUCCUUAGUUCAUUCCCCGAACUAUCAGCGGCCAUGCCAUAUCUGUCGCCUGUGCAACGACACAUGUCCCUCGUCACUCCAGACACCGCGGAUCAUGUGUCGGACUCUGCCUUGCCACUUGACGAUCGUCGCUGGGAACUGUUUGAAUAUAUCGGGCCAUCCAAACGCAAGAUCGGUCCUCAAGACUUGUUCCUUGCUAGUGCACCGCUGAAAGAUGCGUCGUCUAUCCCGAUCACUCUCUUUGACCCCAAAAUCACACGGGAUGCGCCUCCGAAUGCGGGUACGAUGGAUGCUUACGGUAAACCUGCUGAAGAUGGAGAGCUCUCGCCAACGACCGACCCCAACCCCGCUUCGCCUGUGGAAGAAGAACCUCGGCGUUCAUGGGAGACGUUUGCGUCAGAGAGAAAUCUGGGCGAUGGGCUUGCGGGCGAACCGGCGUAUGCAAAGCAGGCAGCGACACUACUCUUCUCUGUGCGUGAUAACGACGUCCUCGAGGUUGCACCUGUCAAAUCUGCCCCGGAGCUUGUCAUCACCUCGUCAACGUCGCCGCAGAAACCAAAAGUCAAGCGGUCCGGCAGCGGGAAAGACAAGGCGACAGGGUCCAACAAGGAUGCCCCGGCCGCAGCGGAGGAGGAUGAGAAUGAUGAAGACAGUGGGGCAGAGGUUCCUCUGAGUAAGAAGCAAAAGACGGCGAAGAAUAAUAAUGCGGCGGCUAAGGCACCUGCCAGGAAGACGACGGGUGGGAAGGGAGUUAGUAAGAAGGCGACAGGGAAGAGUGCAAAGGAAGGUGCGACGGGCAAGGCAAAGGGCGGGAGAAGAAAGUCUCAAGCAGAGUGAGGCUGAUAGAGUAGUGGUGCAUGUUGAACUGUAGCACAUAGGGCAUGCAGUACGUCUGGCUCAAUC